AUGCUGGCCUCCCGCGUCCCUAGAACUUUGGCCUCCGCCACACGGGCCCACGCUCCUCGAGUGGUCCGACCAACCGUUGCUUCGAGGACAUUUCCAUCCUCUCCGGCCAGGCACAUUGUGCACAUGAUAAAAACUGCCGACGAGUUCAGAAAGGCCGUGUCUGAUCACGACCGAGUCGUCGUGGACUGCUUUGCUACAUGGUGCGGCCCUUGCAAGGCCAUUGCCCCGAUUCUCCACCGGCACUCCGAGGACGCUGCUUUCAAGGACAAGGUCCACUUCAUCAAAGUCGACGUGGACGAGCUGCCCGAGGUAUCCGCGGCCUUGGGCGUUCGUGCGAUGCCCACGUUUUUCUUUUUCCGGAGAGGCGAGAAGGUUGACCAGGUCGUGGGAGCGGAUCCUACGGGGCUGACGGCGGCUCUGAGCAAGAUGGCAGUGUAG